AUGGCUUUCAUUCAGGAAAUUUAUAUGGGAAUAUUAGUAUUUUCUUGCAUUUUGCAGCAAAAUUCAGCUCUUGGUGUCCAGUGCGUCGUUUGCAAUUCUUACCUUGAUGGCCAAUUAUGUGAACCAUGGGAUCAGUUUACUUUCAUAACAAAUUGUUCCAAGUAUCCUGGAAUUGAUGCAUCCAAACCUAUUGGUUGUCGGAAGAUCGACCAAGUUGUUGAAAAUGAAAGACGAGUAGUACGUCAAUGCAGUAACAUUGUGGAUAAUUUGGGCUGUAUUGAUCGUGUCGGUACGAAUGAUGUACGCAUUCGCUAUUGUCAUUGCGUAGGUGAUUUAUGCAAUUCAGUAACCUCAGUCAAAUCACAACCCUUUUAUUAUUUGUAUCUGUUAUCUGCCUUAGUUUUUGGUUUAAUAAAGUUACUAGUGUGUGCAUAA